CUUGCGAUUAGCUUGGUCUCAUUUAAGAUGGCUGCCUAGUGUUCUGAAGUAACGCGGUUAUUACAUGUCAACAUGUCUCUUCUUAGAGUUUGUGCCUUUGCCAAACUUCUGAGUCGUCGGAGCUUAAUUGAAAAAUGCGCUGUCCGCGUGUCUUUUGCGGACUGCUGUCAGCCGUGUGCGUCGGUGAGAGGUGGCGCAGUUAGAUGGAUAUCAGGAACAUCUUUGCAGCUUCAAAACAUAAAUGUUUCAUCUAGAAUUCCAAAGACCGAUGAAGCAAAGAAACGCGCACUGGAACAAUUUCAGCUGUUAGACGUACUUGAGGCCAGAAUCCAACAACUACAAUGUGACGUCGUUCUAGAUGUCCAACAUGCAAAGGUGCAGUUUAUGAAAGCGCCUUCUCAUGGAAGAGGUACUUCAUCUGGUAAGGGCCACAGAAGCACACCCCAGGAGAAAACUGACAUGCCUAAAUCUGGACAGACUGGCGAUAAAGGCUCCUUUAAAUCUCAGCCCCGCCGCUGGAUAGAAAAACUAACUCAAGAGAAGAAGAACAAACUUAAAAAACAGCAGCGCCUCCAGCAAAAAAUGCAGAUAUGUGUCAAAGAGAAACUACCAACAACAUCAUCUAAAGGUACCAAAAGCAGCUUGAUGUCCACAGGUACAACACAUAAAACAAUAUCUACUGGAGUUAAAAAGAGCAGAGGUCAUUCAAAACUGUCAGAUGAAAUACGAGCUGCAGUUUCUUCGACAGCUACCACAGCUACUGCCACUGCCAUGGCAGGAGCAGCCACCGUGCCACAAAAAGCAUCUAAAAAGAAACGAAAAGACUCUAAAAUACAAAAAGAGGGAACUGAACUGACUGGUACUGACCCUCAGGGCACAGCCGAGGAGCUGGCUGAGGUGGAGGAGCUGGAGAAGAGACUUAAUCAACAAGUAAGCCAUUGGACAUUGUCAAGUAAACCAGAGCGCAUGCAGGAGGGCAGUGUGGGAAAUGCAUGCCAGGACAUCAGUCUUAGCAUCUGCUCAUACUUGGAGGCCUGUAUAUUUGCCGGGGACAUCGAGCGGGCACAUCAUUUCCUGCUCAGUCAGCACAGAGUUAUGAGUCGACGAAAACAUCUCAACACAGGCGUUUACAACAUCAUGAUGAGGGUGUGGGCCAAAAAGGGUACAUUGAAUCAGAUUGGCCGCAUGUUUAUUCUUUUAGAAGAGGCUGGUCUGAAGCCAAAUCUUGGUUCCUACUUUGCUGCUUUGGAGUGUAUGGGUCGCAACCCAAACUGCUCCCCAAAGGUUGUUUCAAGGUGUCUAAGCCAGAUGGAGGAGGAUGGCCUCUCUGUGGAUGAUCUGUUCAACCAAUGUGUUUUCCGGCAAGAUGAGAGGGACAUGCUGCUAAAAGCCAUACGCAUCGUAAAGCCAGAGUAUCAGCCCAGCCUCAACAUGCACACAAGCCAGUUUUCUUCAUUGCUGGUUCAAGACUUCUACACAGAGAGGGCGGACCACACCUACCCAAAAUUGGACUUCACGCAGGAGGAUCUCCAGGAGCGUUUUAAACGUCAGCUGAGUGUGGAACAGGCCUGCACCAUCACCAUAGACUCUGUGGAAGCUGCCAAGCCCGUCACCGAAAACAUGGCGAAAAUGAGGGAGCUGUUGGCAGAGCAGCGGAUACAGUGGCAGAAGAUCCUCCUCCAGGCCUUAAGGGAGAGCAAAAUGAUCCUGGCAAAAAGCAACACCAGGGACUACAGACUUAACCUUUAUCCAUAUCUGUGUCUCCUGGAAGAUAAAGAAUAUGUUGACAUCAUGAUACAGAGUGUUGCCAACUUGCCUCCUAGCGGAGAGUCGCUGAAGAUUUUAGCUCGAGAUCUCGGCAAUAGGGUCUUCACCAAGUACUGCGUGCGUCAGAAGCACCAGAAUCAGACGGUGGAAAAGUUGGGCAGCAUUUAUAAUGCCUACACAGACCUACUGGCCAAAGAUACUAAGGAGUAUGACGUCCUUCCAAGGGAGCAGUGGUGGAAGCUGGAGAUGGAGCAGAGUUCAGGACCUACGCUGCAGGGGGGCGAGACAAGCUGGCCAUACAUAGUAACUCUGGAGCUUGGCACGUACAUGGUGGAUAUGAUGGUUAAAAAUCUUAAAAUUAAUAGCGACAUCCUGAACCCAGCCUAUGACAGGAAACUCAUCCCCAUCCUCUACCACAUGUACACCUUUCGCAGCACCCGGCAGAUUGGCUUCAUCAAGCCCCACCCCAUCCUUACUCAGAUGCAGCAGGAAGCCAUGGAGACCAAGUUGACUUUUGACUCCUAUGUGAUGCCGAUGCUGUGCCCUCCAGUGCCCUGGACAUCAGUCAAGUUUGGAGCAUACCUGCUCACGCCGACAAAGCUGAUGCGCACAGUGGACGGGGCGACCCAACACGAAGAGUUGUUGGAGAAAUGUCAAAAUCUUCAUGCCAUCUAUGACUCUCUCAACCAGUUGGGCAACUGUGCCUGGAAGAUCAACAAACCUUUGCUGGACAUUAUUAUCUCCAUCUUUAAUGAUCGUGGAAGCGAUAAGCUAGACAUCCCACCUCCUUUGUCGGAAGCUCCCAAAAUCCCUCACUUCAACCCACAAGAUCCCACUUAUACAGCUAGUGAGAAGGCCCACAUGAAAAGACAGGUGAUCAAUGCCAAAAAGAAAUGCAGCGAGAUGCACAGCUUACGUAUGGAUGCUCUCUAUAAACUGUCCAUCGCCAACCACAUGCGAGACGAGAUCUUCUGGUUCCCUCACAACAUGGACUUCAGGGGACGUACCUAUCCAUGUCCUCCAUACUUUAAUCACCUGGGAAGUGAUGUCACACGGGCAAUCCUUAUGUUUGCGGAGGGGAAGCUGCUUGGUCCCAAGGGCCUGGACUGGUUAAAGAUCCACUUGGUUAAUCUUACAGGAUUAAAGAAGAGGAGCUCACUACAGGGCCGACUUGAGUAUGCCAACACUAUCAUGGAGGACAUACUGGACUCUGCCGACAACCCUCUAAAUGGUAGAAAGUGGUGGAUGAAUGCAGAUGAGCCAUGGCAGGCUCUGGCCUGCUGCAUGGAGAUAGCCAAUGCUGUGAGAUCUCCUGAUCCAACACAGUUCAUCUCUUAUUUUCCUGUUCAUCAGGACGGCUCCUGUAAUGGUCUCCAGCACUACGCCGCUCUAGGCAGAGAUGUUAUUGGUGCUACAUCAGUCAAUCUCAUGCCCUGUGAUGUGCCCCAGGAUGUCUACAGCGGAGUUGCACAACAGGUGGAGGAGUUACGAGCUCGGGAUGCAGAGAGUGGACUGAAGAUCGCCCAGGUGCUGGAGGGCUUCAUCAGCAGGAAGGUGGUUAAACAGACAGUGAUGACUGUGGUGUACGGAGUCACUCGCUAUGGCGGACGCCUCCAGAUUGAGAAAAGACUGAAGGAGAUUGACGAGUUUCCCAAGGAGUUUGUGUGGGAUGCAUCCCAUUACCUGGUGCGUCAGGUGUUCAAUGCCUUAAAGGAGAUGUUUACAGGGACCAGAGAGAUACAGGACUGGUUGACUGAGAGCGCCAGGCUCAUCUCUAAGUCGGGUCACACUGUGGAAUGGGUGACACCCCUGGGGUUACCCAUCAUUCAACCAUACCACCGCACGCGCAACCAAGUGCUGAAGAGUACCAUGCAGCACAUAAACCUCAAGAUAAGCCACGACACCAAAGAGAGACCAGACACAGUUAAACAGAAGAAUGCUUUUCCACCAAACUUCAUUCACUCUCUGGACUCCACACACAUGAUGCUGACAUCUCUCUACUGCUAUAGUUCUGGUCUGACUUUUGUCUCAGUUCAUGACUGUUUCUGGACGCAUGCGCUCACUGUGGACACCAUGAACAAGGUUUGUCGGGAACAGUUUGUCGCCCUGCACAGCCAGCCAAUCCUUCAAGAGCUGUCCAACUUCCUGCUUCAGAAAUACUGCACAGGAGUCCCGACUGAAGCCAAGAGCAAAAAGUACCAGGAGUAUAGAAGGCUGUUGAUGCUGCUGGCCAAAGUGCCCCAGACAGGUGAUUUUGAUCUCCAGCGGGUGAAAGAAUCCACUUAUUUCUUCAGCUGAGAGCUUCGUGAGAGCGAACCAGUAGAAGGAGAUGAGUGGAAUUGACAGAGUGCAGCAGGGAGGCUGCAGGCUCCAGGGUCCCUACCGGCUUUGUCUUCCACAGACAUGAGGACAUUGAUCCAGCCGCACCCUGCCUGCCUCCUGGUCCUCAGCCUGGCUGGAGCUGCUGGAGGCGUUCACAGCGAACUCGCCUUAUUAACUGACUUCUAGACUGAUGGGAAAAUGGUGGGAUACUCAUCCAAGUGAAAAAUGAGGGAAUAAGCGUUGGAUGGAAAUGCUAAGACUUCAAUUACGGAAAAGUACCUCUCUUAGUAGACUCUACCUGGCCAUAUUCAGGUUUGUGUGAGUGUGCGAGUGUGGGUGGGAGUGAGUGUGUUCAUUCGCUAUACUGAAUAUAAUGUGAACUGUGCCAGUGUGUUCAUCACUCAAAUAUUUUUGCUACUCGAGCAAAAAAAAUUCUACCUACAGUCUGUUAUUGUGGAUGAUUGCUUGUGUGUGUGUGCGUGUGUGUGUGCGCGCGUGUGUGUGUGUGUGUGUGUGUGUGUGUGUGUGCGUGCAUGUCUGCUGGUAUCAUGAUGUAAAGAUUUCCACUGAGCACCGACCUGCCUCUGCAGCCCCUACCUCUGAAUGGCAGCGUGGUGUCUGAAACAUUUUGUCUUCUUUGGAAGACGUUCAAAGAAGAGACAUGUGAAAGAUGUGUUUUACUGUAAAAUUAGUGUAAAGGACACAGAAACCAAGAUAUGGCCGGACGAGUCAGGGUCUCUGAGAUGGAGCCACAAUAUUCUCACCUUCUUGGAAACUAAACACUUCACUGUUGCAAUAAAAUAAACAUGCUUCUUAAAA